UUCUGUCAAUGUUUGUUUAAGUUUUUGGAGUAAAGGAGGUAGUACCGGAAGUAGUGUUCAUCUACGGGAAGUGACGUAUGAGAGACACUUCUUUACCGAAAAUUAUUUGUUUCUUUCCUCGAUUCCUGUCUCGCCGCAAUCUUCCUCUCUCCCCGAUAUUUGCUGUCCAAAAAGCAUGAUGCAAGAAAUGGAAUGUGUCCACCCCAAAUAACCUGACUGCAAUUGCUCUGUUAAUUGUCCUUUCUAGUUUUUAUAUUUUGUUGUUGAUGGUGUUUCUGGUGUGAACUAAUGUGCAGCUAUUAUACGCUGAAGCACCAUAGUGCAGUUAUAUGUGUCUCAUGUGGCCAGUUACAUGAGAAAAAUGGAACUCAUUUAUAUGAUUAUUAUCAACCAGUGGAUGAUGACAUGAUGUGUUACAUUUGUCUCCAGCCUUUGGUAAAUCCAAUUGACACCAAAUGUGGACAUACAUUUUGUACACAAUGCCUCAAAAACUACCUCAAGGUACAAUGCAAAUGUCCAGUGGAUCGACUACCAAUUUCUUUAAAAGAAUGCCAGCAAUCCAGUGUUUUAGUUAGAAGGUUGCUAGAUAAAUUAUUGGUUGUUUGUCCCAAUGUGGAUUACUGUGAAGAUGUAUUGCCCCGUUCAGAACUUGAAGCUCAUCUUUUGCACAGAUGCCGUGGUGCUGUAACGAAAUGCAUCAAAGCCAGUUUAGGAUGUGUUUUUCAAGGGCCUAGAAGUGCACUUCAGAGUCAUCUUUGGGAGUGCCCUUAUAAAGAUCAACAAGCUGCUAAAAAUCCAGUCAUUGAUGGGGAAGUUUCCACUAUAGAAAUUCAAAGAACAAGUCCAGAACUUGGUAUCAGUAUCGUCGGCGGAUCAGAUACUCCUUUGUUGUGUAUUGUCAUUCAAGAAAUCUUUCCAGAUGGCGUUGUUGCAAGAGAUAACCGUCUUUUACCAGGAGAUCAACUUUUAGAGGUGAAUGGUGAAGAUUUGAGCAUGGCCACGCAUUAUGAAGCACAACAAGCAUUGAAUUGUUAUUCUUCAUUGUGUCGUCUCACAGUAUAUCGGGAAAAAGCUGAAGAUAUCCGACCUGUUGAGAAGGAAGAAAUAUUAAAAAUUACAUUGACGAAAAGGAGAGGGAAACAACUGGGGAUUAAACUUGUUGGUAAACGAAAUGGUCCUGGAGUCUAUAUCCUAAACCUGAUUAGUCAAAGCUUGGCUGCUAUUGAUGGCCGUUUAAAACCAGAUGAUCAGGUGCUGGAAAUUAAUGGACAGGAUGUUUCAUAUGGAUCUCAAGAAGAAGCUGCCUUUUAUAUUCAAAAAAGUGGCGAUGAAGUAGAAUUUGUAGUAUGCAGAAAAAGUCGUCCACAAACUCCUGAUCUUAUUCGUUCAACAGGCAAUGAAUUUUCUCUGAAAAAUACAUCAUCUGAUAGUGAUACUUGCAAGUUAACACCUUGUAGAAAAUUCCUUGAGAGGGAACUAGCAAUCCAAAAGGAUCCAUCUGAAAGUUUAGGAAUUAGCGUGUCUGGAGGUGUUAAUAGUCCUCAAGGUGAUACUCCAAUAUAUGUCACUAAUAUCAAACUUACAGGCUGUUUGGGACGUACAAAACAAGUGAAGAAAGGUGAUGUGCUGUUAUCUAUAAACUCUGUUAGUCUGCUUGGUCUAAGUCACAAUGAGGCUGUGAAACAACUAAAACUCAAUACCGAAUCAAAAACUAUUACUCUAAAGGUGCUUGAUGGUCCUGAAGUUUCUCAGAGUACACCUGGUAAUUUUACUCCUUCUUGGUUAUACUGGCUUCAGUUACCAAGGAUUUGUCAAACUGUGAAAACCAUAUCCUUGUUACGUGGUCCAAAUGGCAGCCUUGGUUUUGCAAUUGUUGGUGGUCGUGACAGUAGUCUUGGGAAUUUACCAAUGUUUGUUAAAUCUGUUGUCCAAGACACUCCUGCAGCAAAAGAUGGAAGGCUGAGAUGUGGAGAUAUGCUUCUGUCAGUGAAUGACCAAAGUCUAAAACAUGUAACCCAUUCUGAUGCUGUUACUUUUCUGAAGAAUGCCACAGGUUAUGUCACAUUAGCUGUCGUAUCAUGGCCGGGCACUUUUGUUUGACAUUGGUAUUUAUAAUCUGUACAUCGCUGUUUGUGCGUGUUUGUAUAUAUAUUCUGUGUGAGUGUAUGAAUAUAUAUGUGUAUGUAUGUGUGUUUAUGUGACUGUGUGUGUAUGUGUGUGUAUAUAUAUGAGUGUGUCUGUAUGUGUCAUUGAUAAAAAAAAUAAAAAAUAUAGAAAAAGACACUUUUGCUAUCCUUCAAGAAAAAAAACGUCCCUGUCCAGGUUCUAGUAUUUUAAUUCUUUAUUUAUCCUUGAACAUUACCAGGAGCUCCAUGUUACAUUAGAAAAUGAAUAAUUAAGGAGCUUCACUAAAGGUUUUACAUAUUUAUCCUCCAUCUAGAACAGGUCUUUUUUUUUUUGCCAUGCAUCAACAAAUAGAUAUAUGAAAACGUAUUUAUAUACCAACACA